UUUCCCUCCUACCCCUCGCGAGAACUUGAGAACUUGCUUCCGGGUCGAAGGGUUUACUUCCGGAGAGCGGGAAGGCUGAAACGCGGUGGCGAAACUGUAGCUGAGUUUGCACAGCUCUCGGUGGAGAAGGCUGUAGCCAUGGACAGGAGUGGCUUUGGAGAGAUGUUAUCUCCUGUGAUCCGGGAGGCAGAGGUGACUCGGACUGCACGCAAGCAGAGUGCCCAAAAAAGAGCUUUGAUUCGGGCAUCCCAAGAUGAAAUUUUUUCUAAUACCACUCCAAGAAACCAGGUUAUGCCCCGAACUCCCAGCUCAUUUCGACAACCUUUUACUCCACCAAGCCGGAGCCUACUGAGGCAGCCAGAUGUAUCCUGCAUUCUUGGAACUGGAGGGAAGUCUCCUCGGCUUACACAGUCUUCAGGGUUCUUGGGAAAUCUGUCUAUGGUGACUAACCUGGAUGACAGUAACUGGGCCACUGCUUUCUCAUCACAGCGUGCGGGGCUGUUCACAAACGCAGAGCCCCACAGUGUGACAGAGGAUGUGACCCUCAGUGCUGUUAUGUUACGUGAGGAUGAUCCUGGAGAAGCUGCAUCCAUGAGUAUGUUUUCUGAUUUCCUGCAGUCUUUUUUGAAGCACUCUUCAACUACUGUUUUUGACCUUGUAGAAGAGUAUGAGAACAUCUGUAGUAGUCAGGUAAAUAUACUGAAUAAAAUAGUGAGCCGAGCAACACCUGGACUUCAGAAGUUUUCAAAAACAGCCAGCAUGCUCUGGCUUCUUCAACAGGAGAUGGUCACAUGGAGGCUGCUGGCUUCUUUGUAUAGAGACCGAAUACAGUCUGCAUUAGAAGAUGAAAGUAUGUUUGCAAUUACUGCUCUUAAUGCCAGUGAAAAAGCAGUUGUGGAAGCAUUGUUUCAGAGAGAUUCACUUGUGCGACAAAGUCAGCUGGUGGUAGAUUGGUUAGAAAGCAUUGCCAAAGAUGAAAUUGGAGAUUUUUCUGAUAAUAUUGAAUUUUAUGCAAAAUCGGUGUAUUGGGAAAAUACUCUGCAUACCUUGAAACAGCGGCAACUAUCUUCUCAUAUAGGAAGUGUCCGUCCUCUUGUUACUGAAUUGGACCCUGAUGCUCCUAUAAGACAGAAGAUGCCACUUGAUGAUCUGGAUAGAGAAGAUGAAGUCAGAUUACUCAAAUAUCUUUUCACUCUGAUUCGUGCUGGAAUGACAGAAGAGGUAAAUACACACCCUGCUCGUCCUGUGUCAGAAA